UUCAAGAUAUUUGACAACUUUCAGAAAUUUUAAGAAAAUUGCAAUAUUUUAGUGCCAAAACCGCCACUAAUGCUUAAAAGACACGAAGUUGGUAGCGUGGUUAGAAAGUAAAAGGUUCAUAGGAAUCCUUAUUCAUUUGCUAAGACUUCUAUCAAAGUUGUCUUGAUGGAGGAUGAUGCACCAGUUAUCUAUGGCCUGGAAUUUCAGGCCAGAGCUAUAACAGCACAGACAGCCGAGACAGAAAAUAUUAGAUUUCUGGUUGGCACUCAGUCAUUGCGGUCUGAAAAUCAAGUGCACCAAAUUGACUUUGAUGAUGAGAAUAAUGUGAUCAACAAAAACGUUUUUCUACACAGAGAAGGUGAAAUAUGGCAUAUCAGUUCAUCUCCUGCUGAUAAAAAUAUCCUGGCGACAUGUUUUAAUAAAACAUCAGAUGCUAAAGCCGAGAUGCAUGCUGCCAUCUGGAGGAUUCCAGUCGAUUGCGACUCGCCAAUGAAUGAUGAUAACUCUGGCAGUCCACAUGCUCUGGAGCUUGUCUCCAGACUGGACAAUAUGGAGUGUGGUGACAUGAAAUGCAUACUUUGGCAUCCAGGAGGAGACAACCAAAAUAUCAUCUCUCUGGCUGAUCACAACAUUCUGUUGUGGGACUUGGAAGCUAGUGGUGCUGUUACAAAGCUCUCAAGCUCCACAGCUUUGGAAGGAAAAGGACAACCUAAGUUCUCCUCUGGACGAUGGAACCCUCAUCACAACUCGACACAAAUAGCUACUGCCAAUGACACAUACAUCAGAGGAUGGGACAUCAGGACAAUGAAGCAGGUUUGGACAAUUGAAAAUGCUCAUGGUCAAUUGGUACGAGAUCUGGACUUUAAUCCCAACAAACAAUAUUACCUGGCAAGUUGCGGUGAUGAUUGUAAGUCAAAGUUCUGGGAUAUCCGAAAUCCAACAGAGCCAGUCAAGGUGCUGUCUGAUCACUCACACUGGGUGUGGAGUAUACGAUAUAAUCACUUCCAUGACCAGCUGGUGCUGACCUCUAGUAGUGACAGUCGAGUUAUUUUGACAAACGCUGUGUCAAUAUCAUCUGAACCAUUUGGUCAUCUGAUGGAAGAUGAGGAGGGGAGUGAUGAUGAAGAACAACCGCCAAAGGAAAAGUCUCAGGAUGGUGUAAUCAGCACAUAUGAAGAGCAUGAGGACAGUGUGUAUGCAGCAGAAUGGUCAUCGACAGAUCCCUGGCUCUUUGCUUCGUUAAGUUAUGAUGGCCGUUUGGUGAUAAAUCGGGUACCAAGGGCAGAAAAGUAUAAAAUUCUCUUGUAGUCUAAGUGGUACCAGGAUGUGGAUUCUCUGUGGAAGAAUUUUUCAAUUUCGAAAGUUUCCUAUAGGGAAUAGGUCAUCAGUGUUCAGUUUCAAUGUAAAUCAGUGUAGCUGAUGAAUUUGUAAAUAAGAUGAAGUGAAGUAAAUUAUAAAGCU